CCGGCGAGUAAGCACGGGAAUUGGAAAGAGGAGAGUUGAAUCUACCAACCAGCGGUGGCGGUGAUGUGCACGCGGAGCUUUGACGAGUUGGCAAAAUCCCGAUCUCCCUCCAACUGAAACAAAUCUGCAGAGCCAAUCUAUGCUAGCUACGGAUCACGGGUGGGUGACGACAGAGUGAAUUGGGCGUGGAUGAAGGCCCAAGUGCAUGGCCCGGAUUUUUGUAAAAAGGAUCAACAUCGGGGAGGCCCAAAUGCCUUGCAGAUUCGAGAAACAGAUCUGAAGAGCCCAAAACCGGGAUCCAAAAGACCCGGAGAUUGAUUUCUAGAAUGUUCCGUUUAGGGUUUUUAGGGUUUUUGGUGUUUGGGUAUAAAUAGAGGGUUUUAGGUUAGAAAGAGGGGGGGAUUUUUUUGUGGUUCUGGUGUUACCGGCGGAGAAAAGGAAGAGCUUUCUGUUGAAAGGGGGCUCGGUUUUGUAUCCGGAGUUGACGGAGGGCUUGUUUGCUGUGUCUGCUUUGUUUAGGUAAACCUUUGAACAGAGGAGUUUUUCUGGGAACGGUGGUGAAGGGGACGAUGGGAGCCUGGUCUCGUGGGUGGGAUCCCUCCCAUCAGAUCUGGAUCUGCUUUUCCUAGAAGAAUUCCGCCGUGGGUGUUUUGUUUGUUGAUUUCUUUCUCUUUGUAUUUUUCAUUUAAUGUUCAGGAUCGUAUGUUUUUCUUGAGAAAAUGAAUGAAAGAUUAUAUAUUUGCCUGUUUAGUUGCCUGAUGAAUCUGUGAAUCUGUUCAUCUUUCUGCCAAAAAAAAUAAAUGUAUUCAUGAUGA